AAAAAAAAAACAAAAAAAACACAGUCCUCUAUCAACAGGAGGCGUUCAUUUACCACUUACUGUACCUCCAGUAUCCGUAUGGUCCUGAACGCACAGCCACGCCCACCCUCUGUAUCCUCCGAGGCUCUGAAGGUGAGAGCGGAAGUAACUGUUUCAUGCGUUUGCAUGGCUGCAUCACUUUUACGCACGGAGCGCUUCUAGUUCUUCCUGAUCUCCACAUAUUUGUUUUUCCCAGUUAUUAUUUUUUAAAAUUAUUUUAUCGUUCAGACUUUGAGGGCAACUUUCAGAUAAGGCAGAUGAGCUCUCUGUACGAAGAUAAGGAGUGCUGUGAGGUAGGGCUCUCUGGAGAGCUCGCUCAAGUCAACUCCGAGGAGUUGGAGUUUGAUUACCUGUUUAACUAUGAGCCACCUGACAGCAGCUUUCCAUCUGGAGAUCUUAAAGAUGACACCGAUCUCCCCCUACACUCACACCCUUACCCUUUGGACGAGCCUUCCCCCUACUCUGAAAGCAGCACCGAAGCUCUUUCAGGUUAUGAACAUUUGGAGCCUAAAAAUUACAUAGCAAACAUACGGUCUCGCUCCCAAGCUGUAAGUCCCAGGAUCGAGAUCACGCCAUCACGCGAGCAUCACAGCCAUGGGCACAACUCCCUCCAUGACCAGCUGGUGAACGCUAGCCCCAGGCCCACUCUCACUGUGCCCGGUUUGGAAUGUUCCAUCUACCGUGAGCCUCAGUGCCUGAGCCCAGCCAGCAGCAACUCCUCAACCUCGUGGCACUCUGAGACUUACUCGCCCUUCGCAUCACCCUGUGUGUCUCCAGGUAGUGGGCAGGCUGUGGCUGGAGAGUUGUGUCCUCGCUUGCAAAAUAUCCACACAGGCUCCCCUCGAACCAGCCCAGGCACAUCCCCUCACACUAGCCUGGCUGAGGACCACUGUUCAUCUCCAAGACCCAGUUCUCGCUCCACAUCGCCUCAGGGCAAACGCACUUACGACAUGUACAGGAACCCAAAUCGGUUGCCUCCAGCUCGAUCACGAAGUCCUUCGCCAUGUGGCUGUCACGAUGAUCAUCGCCCCGGUCCCCAUUAUGUGUCCAGUGCUGUGCCAGAGGUUGUUAACGGGAUGGUGCCUGGCUCAGUACCUUCAAAGAUUGUGAGAUCCAACCAGCCAGCCUACACUAUAUACCCAGACGGCCAUGGAGAGAGCUACCGGGUGGAGCAAGAUUUCAAGACCAAAACAGAACAAUUCUUUAUUCCAACAACGUGGCAGCAGCUGGUGCCUGGAAUCUGCAGCAUCCCUAUUGCCUCUCUGCCUCCUCUGGAGUGGCCUCUGCCCAGGCGCACAGACCAGUAUGAGCUACAUAUCGAGGUGCAACCCAAACCACACCACAGGGCACACUACGAGACUGAGGGCAGCCGGGGGGCUGUUAAAGCUCCUACUGGGGGGCAUCCUGUGGUCCAGCUACAUGGAUACAGAGGGAAAGACCCGCUGGGUCUGCAGAUCUUCAUAGGUACAGCAGACGAGAGGAUCCUGAAGCCGCACGCCUUCUACCAGGUGCACCGAAUCACAGGCAAGACCGUGACCACGACCAGUUACGAGAAGACGAUCAAUAGCACAAAGGUGUUAGAGAUCCCUCUAGAGCCAAAGAACAACAUGAAAGCAAUAAUCGACUGCGCUGGGAUUCUAAAGCUCAGGAACGCUGAUAUCGAGCUGCGGAAAGGCGAGACAGACAUUGGGCGGAAGAAUACUCGUGUGCGUCUGGUGUUCCGCAUCCACAUUCCUCAGCCAGGGGGUCAAUAUGUGUCCCUCCAAGUGGCCUCUCAUCCUAUCGAGUGCUCCCAAAGAUCUGCACACGAGCUGCCCAUGGUGGAGAAGCAGGACAUGGACAGCUGUUCAGUGCUUGGAGGACAGCAGAUGAUUCUGACUGGGCAGAAUUUCAGUGCUGACUCCAAAGUUAUUUUUACUGAGAAGAACCAUGAUGGACAGCAAAUUUGGGAGUUGGAAGCCACAGUUGACAAAGACAAAAGCCAGGCAAGCAUGCUGUUUAUUGAAGUUCCUCCUUAUAGAGACCCAACCAUCUGUCAUCCUGCUAAGGUGAACUUCUAUGUGAUCAAUGGGAAGCGGAAACGCAGUCAGCCUCAGCACUUCACUUAUACACAUCUGCCAGUUUCUUCUAUCAAAACAGAACCACUGGAUGAAUAUGAAUCUGGACAUAUCGGAUAUAUGAUGUCCCAGACUUUAGGAGUUUCCCCACACUCCUAUUAUCUAAGCUCGGAUAAUGGCUUGCUCCCCAACAUGACUUCCUGCCACCAGAACCAUUCUGGAAUCUCCUCUUCAGAACCCUGCUUUCAGCAGCACAUUGUGUAUCCCCGUGCUGAAAAGAACAUAGGGCCCAGCUUGUACAUCCAAACAGGAGUCAUGGUGCCUGAAGCCCAUCGUUCUGUCCUGGUCCAUACUGGUUCCCCAGCCAAGUCUUCUCAUUUGGUUGGUCAGCACCCCGUCAUCCAGUUUUCCCCCACCAACCAAAAUUUGUUAAGAGGUGAAAAUAUAACUCCACCAGGCCAGAAACAUCAAAACCUCUACUGCGAGGGAUAUAGCCCUCAAGGAACUCAGACAGCAGUGGCUUCACGUUCAGCUGCUGCAGCACAAGCCCCCCAAACCCAGCAGUACCCCACCAUUAUUCAACAGCAGCCCUACACAAAUAGGAUUCCAAAGGACAGGUCCCCUCCUGGGGAAGUCAGUCCACAAAGAUGUUCUUCUGCUGAAGAACAGAGAGCUUCUCUUCCUGGGCGAGUCACUGUCAAACAGGAGAAUCUGGACCAGGCCUACCUGGAUGAUGUUAAUGAGAUCAUAAGAAAGGAUCUGACAGGAGUGCACGGCCGAGGACAGACAUAAAGGAACGGAUGUCGCAGGAAGUGUGUGCGACUUGCAGUAGUGCCUUCUUCUUCCUGGAGCGCUUUGCAGUUUUCAGGCACUGUCACCAGCACCCACUUGGAUUUUUUUUCCAGUUUGCAAUAUUUUUGACCUCAGAACCUUUUGACGGCAAGCAGAUUAUGCUUCAUAGCCCAGGCAAACAAAUCUCUUCCAAACCUUUUUAUAGCAAAAGUGUGUUUAUUUUCAAAGAAACCAGCAGUAACUGCUCAUGAAAUAGACUUCGUUCGCCAGGUGUUAAAAAAUUUAUUCUUCCAUGUUUUCUUGUCUUCAUAGCUCACUUUUAGUUUAGUUACAUUUGGAAGAACUGCUUUAUUUCGAAAGGCUGCCAAAACUUCAAAAUCUUUGCACGUCAAUGGAAAAGAAAAUCAGACUGAGAUUUUUCGAGACGGUUAGACAGCUUCUAUUUACAUGUGAUACUUUAGAUAAUGAGCUCAUUAAGAGAUAAAUUGCAGACGAUACUUUUUUGAUAAAUUUACAAAUUUUUAUGAAAAGCUUCAAUUUAUAUAUAGGUAUUGAAUUACAAAUAAAUGCACUGCUCUCACAGAGAAUUUGAAUGCGAAGUGUGCACAUCCUGUCAGUGAAUUAUAUUAACUUGUAUAUAGUUUCACUCAAAAAUUGGAUUUCUAUUGACAAGAUGUAAUUAGAUUUUUUUUUUUUUUUACACCAUUUGUACAUUUUCUUCUAAUGCUUUAGCCUCUAUAGUAGUCGAGUGGAUACUGUACAUCUACACACUCCAAACUCUAGAAGAAAAACUGAAGAGAUGAAUUGAUUUGUUUAGUUUUUUUCUCUUGCAAACUAUGUAACGAUGUCUUGUGCAUUUAGCUAUGAAGCUGUAAGCAAAAUGUUUGUAAGCAGUUUACAGAUGAGCAGAACAAAGUAUUCCCAGUUUCAUAUCUCACAGAGCCGAACGUGCCUUGCACUACAUUCAGACUCAACAUCAUCUAGGGUUACUUCAGUUCAUCUUGUGCAUUGUAUUUUUCUUAUUGUUACUGCUACGUCACCCUUUUAAAAUAUUUUUAUACUGCUAUUUACAACAGUUUUAUAAAAAAAAAAAAAAAAAGCCCUGGCUUGCACAUGAAGUUUCCUUGUUAUGAAUCUUUUUUUUAUAUAUAUCUUUUUACUAACUUCUUGUAUGAAUAUUGUGUUUCAUCUCAGAGUUGGUUUUUGCCAUAAAAUAAUAUGCUGAGCAUAUGGUAUGACAGUUUUAACUGAUUUUUAUCAUCGAAAUUCAAGAGUAUAUCGAUGUCUCUUUUUAUUGAUGUCAUCAUAUUUAGUAACCAAAAAAAGAUAUUUUCGAAGGAAUAUAUUAGAUGUAAAAUUCAAUGUAUGUCUGUCGAGAGCAAUUUUGUGUAUCCAUUGUGUAUCCAUUUUUGGCAGAAUAAUUUCUUCGCUGUUUAAUUAUAUAUACAGACAGGUGACAGGGUAAUUCCAUGAGGAGACGUUUCAGUCCUGAUGGGAGUGGUGUCUUCCUGCAGAGCACAAACACUUGCUGAAUGGUUUCAUGAGAAUGAAAUAAAUUUGAAAUCCCAGCCUAGUCGCUCACCUAUGAGAAAUUUUGGACUGGACAUUUUGGUUCGACAAGGCUUUUCACCACCGUCAUCUCAACAUCACUUUUUUAGUAAACCUUUUCACCCGUCUGUAUGCGUAAAAUAAAUAUAUCAAUACUGUAACCAUUAUCUAAUCAUGGUGCUCAUAACAUCAUGGCAAACCCCGAAUUGAUGACUUUAAUUUGAACUGUAAAUAUGCUUUGCCUACUCUGCUACUUUCUAGGACUAGUCAAUGGGAAGGAGAGCAACAAAUUUUUAUCUUUCGAGACAAAUCAUUUCCUUUCGAACCAAAUCAGCUGGUUCCUUCCCAUUUAUCCUCGUGUAACCAUGGUCAUAAUAAUAAUAUAUGAACUGCAAAAUAGGUAGGCUGUUUUUAUUAGAUUAAUAUAAGAUCAUGUUGAAUAUUUGCCAAAGAGAAGCUUAUAUAUCUUUUGUAAGCCUCAUGUAAAAGCUUUGUACCUGCCAGUUUCAGUUAAUCCUGUCAUGUGGUGAAUGUUUAAUAGUUGAUGUCUUGUCAAGAGAAUAAGCAAUUAAACUGUUUGAAAAGUUUUA